GCCUGAGUCGCAGCCAUGUUCCUGGUUAACUCGUUCCUGAAGGGCGGCGGCGGCGGAGGAGGAGGCGGGGGUCUGGGCGGGGGCCUGGGAAAUGUGCUCGGAGGUCUGAUCAGCGGAGCCGCGGGCGGCGGCGGCGGCGGCGGCGGCGGCGGCGGGGUGAUGGGAGGCGGAGGAGGAGGCGGUGGAACGGCCAUGCGCAUCCUGGGCGGAGUCAUCAGCGCUAUCAGCGAGGCGGCUGCGCAGUACAACCCGGAGCCCCCGCCCCCACGUUCCCAUUACUCCAACAUUGAGGCCAACGAGAGUGAGGAGGUCAGGCAUUUCCGAAGACUCUUUGCCCAGCUGGCUGGAGAUGACAUGGAGGUCAGUGCCACAGAACUCAUGAACAUUCUCAAUAAGGUCGUGACCCGACAUCCUGAUCUGAAAACCGAUGGUUUUGGUAUUGACACGUGCCGCAGCAUGGUCGCUGUGAUGGAUAGUGACACCACAGGCAAGCUGGGCUUUGAGGAGUUCAAGUACCUGUGGAACAACAUCAAAAAGUGGCAGGCUAUCUACAAACAGUUUGACUUUGACCGGUCAGGGACCAUCUGCAGUACUGAACUCCCUGGGGCUUUUGAGGCAGCAGGGUUCCACCUCAAUGAACAUCUUUACAACAUGAUCAUCCGGCGCUACUCAGAUGAGGGAGGAAACAUGGACUUUGAUAACUUCAUCAGCUGCCUGGUCCGGCUGGAUGCCAUGUUCCGUGCCUUCAAAUCUCUUGACAAAGAUGGCACUGGGCAAAUCCAGGUGAACAUCCAGGAGUGGCUGCAGCUGACUAUGUACUCAUGAACAUGAUCCUCAGACUUUGCCUCUCACCGCCUCACCAUGGAGCCACCGUGGACCUUGAUCCUGUCUGAGGUCACAUCUUCGUGGUCCCAUCCUGCUAGCCAUGGGCCUUUCCUUGUCCCAGCUCUCAAACUUGGCUUUCCAGUCAGCAGCCAGGGCCCAACAUGCCCCAGCUUGCCAUGCCCUGAGUUACCCCUGGCUCUGAGACAUGCUACUGUGCUCUGCCCGCAGGUCACCCCACCGCACCCACUUUAUACCCUCUCCAUCACCUCUCUCCUGUUCCUGUGCCAAGGCCAGUACUCAAAGGCCCUAUCUGUUCUGGGAGGAUUUCAAUCUCUACACACUCUGGCACAUGCUCAUUCACAGUUAACCACCCAGGCAGCCAAGUAAACUCCAAGUCUUGGACCUUCACUCCAGUGCUUUUGCCGGCACUGUUCCCUGGCAGGAGGAAAUAAACUCACCCCAGCUGCUGCUGCUA